CUCAGCCUUAUCUUGUGAGGAGCUGAGCCACAGACUUGAAUUCGGGAAUGCGAUCUGAAAGAGAUACGUACCCCGGAUUGAGGCGUCGGCCAAGAGGUGAACUGUCCAAUGAUAACAAGAUCGGCAGUUCAAGGAGAUACGAAGCUGAAAGGAGAAGAGGUUCCGCUGUUGUUCGGCCAAGUUUUUGCCAUGUCCCCUCUUUUCUCUCUGGCGUCGGCCAACUUGCUCCAUCCGUCUCGCCCCCCUCUCGCAUGAUCCAGUCUCAGUGAGGAAAACAUUGGAGAGGAGUUAUUUUCCACUCACUAAUCUACUGUCGUUCAAAAAAAAUAAUAAUGCAGUAAAUUUGAACUAUGGAUGACCUUUCACUUAUAAAGAUCUGGUGAUAUCUUAUCCCCCUACCGUAAUAUUAUGCUUUCAGGCACCUCCAGGGUAUCAUCCUCCCAACCAACAGCACACUUCUCUACCGCAAACAUGUCCCUGUACCGAAUUGGAGUAGACGUCGGAGGUACCAACACGGACGCGGCCAUUCUCGACAUCCGAACUGCUGCCACAUCAACCCCUGGCCGUGGCGUCCUCGCCUCCCACAAGGCCUCUACCACAAGAGACAUCACAAGCGGCAUCGAAUCCGCCAUAAGAGCUGUCCUCCGCGACUCAGGUGUUGACCAGAGCGGUGUUCUCAGCGUUACUAUCGGCACAACGCACUUUAUCAACGCUCUUGUGGAGGCUGAUGCGCGGCGGUUAGAUCGCGUUGCUGUCGUAAGGCUGUGCGGGCCGUUUACUAGACAAUUACCGCCGUUUUCGGAUUUUCCUGUUGGCUUGAGGAGUAUCCUCGACGGAGGAGUUUAUUACCUCGAUGGCGGACUUGAGAUUGACGGGAGAGAAAUUGAACCGUUGAAUCAUGAGCAGAUUAGACAGACUGCGCGUGAUGUCGUCGCAAAGGGUAUCAACGUUAUCGCUCUAGUAGGCGUAUUCUCACCCCUCGACCACGACGGCAAACACGAAGAAGAAUGCAGGAGAAUUCUUCUUCAAGAAGCACCAUCCCUCCAAGUCGUAUGCUCCCACGACAUCGGCCCAACAGGUUUCCUAGAACGAGAAAAUGCCACCAUUCUCAACGCCUCAAUCCUGCGAACAGGACACCGCGUGAAGAAAGGUUUCAAGCGCGCCAUGCAUCGGCUGCAACUUACAUGCCCUCUCUUCCUAUCACAGAACGACGGCACGCUUAUUGAUGCCGACACCGCUGCUGAGUUUCCCAUCAAGACUUUUGCGAGCGGUCCUACGAAUAGUAUGACUGGAGCUGCGUAUCUUGCUGGACUUGAUCAUAAGCGUGAGAAUGUCGCGGAUGAUGAGGAGCCGCAGGUUCUGGUUGUGGAUAUUGGUGGGACGACUACUGAUGUCUGCGCGCUUCUUCCAUCGGGUUUUCCACGACAGGCACCGGGUUUUGUUGAGGUUGGUGGCGUGCGCACUGCGUUCUCUAUGCCGGAGGUUGUAUCAAUUGGUCUCGGCGGUGGAAGUAAAGUCCAAGUCGACCCUACUACACACAAUGUUACUGUUGGUCCAGGAUCCGUUGGACACUUACUCCAGCAGGAAGCCAAAGUUUUCGGUGGAAAGACAUUAACGGCGAGUGAUAUCGUCGUCGCGCUGGGUAAAGCAAAGCUUGGAGACACCGAGCUCGUCAAAGAUGUCCCCGCGGACAUCAUCGAAAGCGGCCGCAAGGAGUUGAAGAAAAUGCUCGAGAGCGUCGUCGAGCAAAUGAAAGUAUCCUCCGCUCCCGUGCACGUCCUCCUCGUCGGCGGAGGCGCCCUCCUCGUCACCGAAGAUCUCACGGGCGUCGACAAAUGCAUAGUCCCCAUCCACCAAGGCGCCGCCAACGCCGUCGGCGCAGCAAUCGCCAAAGUAUCCGGCGAGAUCGACAUCGUCGAAAUCCCCGAGGGACGCUCCGAAAAGGUCAUUGUGGACGCUGCGUGCGCCAAAGCAAUCGACAUGGCCGUCUCCAAAGGCGCAGCGAAGAACGACGUCAAGAUCGUGGAGAUCACAAAGACACCGCUUCAGUACAUGUCAAACGGUGCUAUGCGGUUGCAGGUUCGUGCGGUUGGACAUCUUGCCAUUCCUGAGGAACUCACGCCGCCGCCUUCACCGCCUGUGAUAAGCGUGCAGGAAACAGAGGACGACGAGGGUGAAAAGGUCAGCGUUCCUGAUGCUCUUACACCAACGUACAAGCCAUCUCUCCACGUUGACCUUGAUGCCUAUCGCCCCGAUGUACAGAAUGGAACGUGGUAUCUUUCUGAAGUUGAUCUAGAGAUGAUUGCGACAGGAUGUGGUGUUCUCGGCACAGGCGGUGGAGGCCCUACACAUCACGAGUAUCUCAAGGGCCUAGACGCGCUGCGAAAUAAUCCCAAGGGGAGAUUACGGGUUAUUUCACCGAAAGCGCUCAGAGACGAUGCUAUGAUUUGCUUUGGCUCAUGGUAUGGAAGUCCGAGUGUUAUUAAUGAGCGUAUCGCGGGCGGGAAUGAGAUUGUGACAGGUAUCAAUGCUGUGAACAAGGUUGUUGGAAACAAGACCUUUGAUGGCAUGUACAUUGAUGAGAUUGGUGGUGGAAAUGGAAUGAGUGCUUUCCCGCCAGCUGUUCACUUCGACGUCCCCGUCGUUGACGGCGAUGCCAUGGGCCGAGCUUAUCCUACCAUGUAUCACGCUACGUUCAGUGUGUACGGCCACUCCCUUACACCCUGCGUUCUCUCCGACGCCCGCGGAAACACCAGCGUAGUCAUGAGCACCGAUAACCCAAUCCGUCUUGAGAGUCUUCUCCGAACAACAGUAAUCGAACUCGGUCUUGGCUGCGCAGUCUGCGCCAAUCCCCUCCCCGGCUCAGUCAUUAAGUCUCAUGGCGUUCCCAACACCGUAUCACAAGCGUGGUAUCUCGGUCGCGCGGUCCACAACGCACGUCGCAAAAAGACCAGCUACGUUGACGCAAUUUUUGACGUCUGCGCUGGAAAACUUCUCUUCACCGGCAAAAUUGUCGAUGUCCGUCGCUACAUCGGCGGCGGCUACACAAUGGGCUCCGUCGUAAUCGCCCCCCUCAGCGAAGACGAGCGCGAAUCCCACAAACAAGACGUACCCAGCGAUCGCCACAUGGUAAUCCCCUUCCAAAACGAAUAUCUCUACGCGGCCCUCAGCGACGCCGACGGCUCAGAAGCCUCACAAAAAGUCGUAUGCACGGUCCCCGAUCUAAUCUCCAUUCUCGGUCAAGACGGUGAAGGCAUUGGAUCUCAGGAUUUGAGGUACGGAUUGCGCGUUAAUGUCAUUGCAUUGCCGGCGCACCCGCUGUGGAAGACGGAUAAGGGAAUGAAGGUUGGUGGACCGGAGGGAUUUGGGUUGAAGAUUCCGUAUACGGGUGUUGAUAAUGAUUUUGUGGAGGGGAGGAGUGUGAUUGAGGAGUUUGGGGCAUAGCGAGCAUGAGCGUGGGUGGGAUUGAGCAUUUUAAACUUACGAGGAGUUUGGAGUUGAAGCAUUGCAUUGCAUGACAGGAUGAGCGAUGAGCACUCGUCUAUGAGAUUAAUACCGAUAGAAUUUGCGAUUAUGAUAUAGAUUGAUGUCUCUGAUUGAUAGUGGCGUGGUAGUGAGAUGUGUUGACAAUUUGUGAUGGUGAAGCUCAAUCAACACCAUCCUCGAAAGAGGAAGCGUCGGCAUGUGUUUCAGUAGCUCCGGCAAAUCGCGACAUGCG